AUGGCAGUCUUUGAUGGAAUCGGGUCUUUGCUACGACCCUGUCUCGCCAUUUGGAUGGUACUGGCGACCAUCAUCACCCCUGGAGCUUCUCAGUUCUGUUCAUUCUGGAGUGGUAAUUGUGUUGAUGCGCUGGCACAAACCGCCGUCUCUUUUCAAUUCCCUCCGCUUUUCACCGACAACCUCAACCUUUACUAUGGAUUUGAUGCCAAUGCGCGCGGAAAAGGUCAACAGCCCAUGACCAAGGUCAGUUACUGGCUGAGCUAUGGAGGCAACAUCGACAAUUCCAUCAUUAUGGGCAACCACACCACCGAAAUUGGCUUGCGGGUGGGAAAUCUAACCGGCACACCUUCGGGGUCCAACAAUGGGUGCGACGGCGUCUGGGGCCCGCAAUGCUCCACCGACCUGAAGGCAUUAUUGACCGAGGCCCUCUACGGCCUCACGAGCAGUGGGGAAUACUAUACAUUUCCACUGCAGACCGUCCUGAGCCAAAUGCUUUUGAAGAGACCCCACCUCCCGAGUUGUUUCCCGCAGCUGUUCGACGUUGGUGGCAUCCCUACCAUGGCGUUCGUCCAAGAGACCGGUCCCGACCAGACUGCAACGUUCCAGACCGCCGGGUCGAGCAACAACCCGUGGAGGACAUGGUUCCUCGACAACAUGACGGCCCAUGAGCAAGCUGCGCAGGUCGCAGUUGCCAUUAUUAGUCGUGCGCCUGCGUACGAUGGUCUACUACCACAACAGAGUGGUGAUGUGCAGGUGGAACUUGUUUGCACUCAGGCCCCCUCUUCCGGGAGCUCCUCAUCACCAAGUAGCGGCUCUUGA